UGCAUAUAAUAAUCUUAUUUGAUCACCAAACUGACUGCAAUCACAGAAGUUUGCACAACUCCAAAUAAUUGCACACAGUGCAGCCACAUGGGCAUCGUUCUGAACUGCAUUCUCAGUGCUUAGGAAGGAAACAAAAAAAUAGAGAAGUAGCUCUCCAUAUGAAGUAGCUGGAAACACAAGAGAGACAGAGAUGAUGACUCCAUGGAGCCGAAAAACCACACCAGAGUAAAAGAAUUUAUUUUCCUUGGCUUCACCCAGAAUCAAGACCUGAGUUUGGUCUUCUUUCCUUUCCUGUUUUUGGUGUAUGUGAUAACUCUGCUGGGAAACCUCCUCAUCGUGGUGACAGUGACCUGUGAGUCUUCUCUUCACAUCCCCAUGUACUUCCUGCUCUGUAAUCUCUCUGUCGCCGACAUCUGCUUUUCCUCCAUCACGGUUCCCAAGGUUCUGGCAGACCUUCUGGCACAGAGAAAGACCAUCUCCUUCAAUGGCUGCUUCACCCAGAUGUUUUUCUUCCACCUUGUUGGAGCGGUGGAUGUAUUUUCUUUGUCAGUGAUGGCAUUCGAUCGGUAUGUGGCCAUCUACAAGCCCCUGCACUAUGUGACCAUCAUGAGUAGGGGGUGCUGCACUGCCCUCAUUGCAGCUUCCUGGGUGGGGGGCUUUGUCCACUCCAUGGUCCAGAUUUCCCUGCUGCUCCCACUCCCCUUCUGUGGACCCAAUGUUCUCGACACUUUCUACUGUGAUGUCCCCCAGGUCCUCAACCUCGCCUGUACAGACACUUUUGCCCUUGAGCUCCUCGUGAUUUCCAACAAUGGCUAUGCAGCUAUCCUGUUGUUCUUCUUCCUCCUGGGGUCCUACACAGUCAUCCUAGUGAUGCUGAGGUCUCAGGCAGGGGAGGGAAGGAGGAAAGCCAUCUCCACCUGCACAGCCCACGUCACUGUGGUGACCCUACACUUUGUGCCCUGCAUCUAUGUCUAUGCCAAGCCCUUCACUGCCCUCCCCCAGGAUAAGGCCAUCUCUGUCACCUUCACUGUCAUUUCCCCUCUGCUGAACCCCUUGAUCUACACUCUGAGGAACCAGGAGAUGAAGUCAGCCAUGAGGAGACUGAAGAGAAGACUCGUGCUUUCUGAAAAGCUUUAGAGAAUUUUUUUCCUCCUUUUUGUCCUCCUUCUUACCAUCUUUGA